UUUCUUACGUCACUUCCUUCGCAGGUUUCUCGUCACCUCUUCUUCACCGGUCGCUGGUUGAUGACGCGCCCACAGCGUCCGGUUGUCUUGACAUCCAUGGAGGAAGAUAGACAUGAAUGCAAAAGCGAGAAACCGGCCACCCCGUCCCCUCGCUCCUCCACCCGCUCGGGAGUGUCAAAAUAAAUGUCUUUUAGCCCAAGGCCGGCUCUAAGCGACUUCGUCACACCUGCAUGAGGUCACAAGCAGUCACUAGCGCAGAGGGGCAGGCCAUGAGGCGAGUUCUGGGUGAAAGAAGCGGGGCGGGGCUGAGGCCAAGGAGAGGUGGGGCUGUGUCUUGCAAGUUGUUGUCACAGAGGAUUUUAUAACAGCCUUCAUCUCGUCGGAAAUGGCUGCUGCUGCCCAUUGCCUCUGCUGCUCGGGAUUUCUCCAGAGACAGUCUCUUGCCCGUUACCUUGCAAACCCACACUACGGCAGCCUCAUUAAUGCAGAUGGCCAUGCUGAAGUGUGGACCGAUUGGAAUGAUAUGUCCAAGUUUUGCCAGUAUGGAUGGAGAUGCACCACUAAUGAGAAUGCCUAUUCGAACCAUACCCUGAUGGGCAACUGGAACCAGGAAAGAUAUGACCUAAGGAAUAUUGUGCAGCCCAAACCCUUGCCUUCCCAGUUUGGACACUACUUUGAAACAACAUAUGAUACAAGCUACAACAACAAAACACCACUUUCAACCCGUAGAUUUAAGCGCGAGCCUCACUGGUUCCCAGGACACCAACCUGAGCUGGAUCCUCCUCGAUACAAAUGCACAGAAAAGUCAACUUAUAUGAGUAGCUAUUCAAAGCCUGAAAUAGAGCAUCACUCCAUCUGUCUGUGGAAUCCUAAUAACUGCCAAUUUCAGGGUCCAGGAUUCUAACAAAGAAUAAGAAGCUUCAUUUUUCCAGAGUAGAAUGUAGGAGGGAGCACAUUCUAAGCACAACUAAGAAUUUAGCUGACUGUAGCACAGUUUCACUCUCAAUAAAUAAACCACAGAAAAUA